GUCUCUUUCCCUCUUUCUCUCCCUUCCCUUUACUACUUUUCUACACAUUUACCUGUCACACUUGGAGACUUAUCAUGGCAGUGAACGUACCUGGAGUGGUGGUGAUGGUUUUGUUCUAUCUGCUGGUUCUUGGCACAGGGAUCUGGGCUUCAUUCAAGUCCAAACGAGACCAGCGUAAAAAUUCUGCAGGAGAAUUAGAGUCAGUUUUCCUGGGAAACCGCAGCAUUAGUCUGGUGCUGGGAAUAUUUACUAUGACAGCAACAUGGAUUGGAGGAGCUUUCAUUGUAGGCCUGACGGAGAUGCUGUACACUCCUUCUUUAGGUCUGAUUGGAGCUCUGCUGGUGAUCAUGGCCUACUCCUCCUCCUUCAUUGUAGGUGCUUUUAUGUUCGUGAAGCCGAUGAGGGAGCUGAAGUGCGUGACCAUGUUGGACCCGUUCCAUUUGAAAUACGGUAAAGUUCUGAGCGCUCCUUUGUGUCUGGCCUCCGUGCUGCUCGACGUGCUGUGGAUGGGGACCACACUCAUCGGUCUGGGGUCGACGAUGAGUGUGGUGCUGGACCUGUCGUACUUCCUGAGUAUCUGGAUCUCGGCUGCAGUAGUGAUCAUGUACACUCUGCUGGGAGGCCUCUACUCUGUGGCCUACACAGAUGUCAUCCAGCUCCUCCUCAUAUUUGUCAGUAUGUGGAUUUGUGUUCCGUUCGUUCUGACCAACCCUCACACUGUCAGCAUCAGUCAGACUCUACUCAACAACUCACUCCAUGCUCCCUGGAUUGGAGAGGUUGGCCUGGAGCAAAUAUGGGUCAAAAUCGAUGACUUCCUUAUGAUGUGCUUGGGCAGUCUGGGGUACCAGUGCUUCCACCAGAGGACAUUAGCGGUGUCUUCCACGCACACGGCUAAAAUCACGUGCGUUGUUGCAGCCUGUAUUAUUUUGCUGUUUGGGAUCCCUCCUGUGCUCAUCGGGGCUGCGGCGGCCUCUACAGACUGGAACCAGACGUCUUAUGGGCUGCCCUCUCCAUUCGCCCGAGGGGAGGUGGCUCAGAUCCUGCCUCUGACCCUGCAAUACCUCACCCCAGCGUACGUGUCCGUGUUGGGUAUCGGCUGUGUGGCCGCUGCGGUUAUGUCCUCCGCAGACUCUGUCCUGCUGUCUGCCGCCUCCGUCUUCACCGCAAACAUCUACAAGAACAUACUACGACCACAGGCCUCAGACAGGGAGAUCCAGUGGGUGAUCCGUGUUUCCGUGGUGAUCUCUGGUUUGAUUGGCACCGCUCUCACUACCUUAAAAAACAGUAUUAUCCUGUUUUGGUUUCUCGGCGCUGAAGUUGCCUACAUCAUCAUCUUUCCUCAGCUUGUCUGCAUUCUCUUUUUCAAGUUCUGCAAUGGUUAUGGUGCUAUUAUGGGAUGGAUCUUUGGCUUUCCUUUGCGGUUAUUAUUGGGAGAGGCCUCAUUGGAUUUGAAGCCUACCCUAUAUUUCCCAGGAUGCAUUGCAGAGGAUGGCGUGUAUGUCCAGUGUGCUCCAGUCAAAACCAUCUGCAUGUUGAGCACUAUGGCAUCCAUCUUGUUUUUUUCCUUCCUGGCUUCGCUGCUGUUCAGCAAAGGCCUGCUUCCAGAAAAAAUUGAUGUUUUCAAUGUCAAAAAUCAACAGUUAGCGCCUCCCAGUGGACAUGUAGGUAAGCUAGCAGAUAGAGGAGAUGAAACUGGUUUGCAAUUGGAAACUACAGAGCCGAUGUUGAAAAAAACUAAAGAAGAAUCCUAAUAGCCCAAGAACAAUACUAUGUUUUACUUUAUUUUUCCAUUGCUGACCUCAUAUGGCACUAUGCAAACCAAAAAGGGAAUGAGGGUAUUUGAAUGUAAAUAUGGUUUUAAAACAAAUAAUGUACAAUUACUCUUGUCUGGGAUCUAGAUUACACACUUCUUCAGUACUUGACAAAGAUGUUUGUGUGUUGGAAUCUCCCUGAGUUCAGAUGGGUGUGAUUAGCCAAUCAGAGACAUGCAUGACCUGUUUAUAUCGAGUCCUAAACCUUGUUAAUCUAAGGUGAGGAAAAUGUGAUUUUAUUCAAAAGACAGAUAACCAAUGAGCUUUUCACCUGGGUCACUGACAAAAAAAAAAACCCAAAAAAACAAGAGAGAUUUUCUGGAUUUGCCCG